AGCAGCGAGUUGGGAGGGAGACUGAGUCGACACGAGUGGGGAGCGAUUUACUGUUUCAAUCAAAGUUUCCAAUCCUCUGAAGCUAAAGCGAAUCGAUCAGCAAAGGAUAAAGGAGCUCAACAAGUUUGCGGCGGCAUUCCAACAAUGAACAGGAUUCUUGCAACAAAAGCUGGCUCAAACGUUUAUAGAUUGAGAAUACCCUGGAGGCCAUUUUCUAAUGAUGCUGCCAGAGUAAUAUCUAGCCCAAUUGCUGGAAACCCUGAAAAAGGGAGUGAAGCUCAACAAUAUGACAUUGCAAUUGUUGGAGGUGGUAUGGUUGGCCUGGCUCUCGCCUGUUCCUUAGCUAGUAUGCCAUUAACAAAACACUUGAAUGCUGUCAUCGUCGAUAGCAAUCCAGCUUUGGGGGGAAAGCACUUCAUUAUGAAAGAUGACCUCCCUGAUCCCAGGGUCAGUACUAUUACGCCUUCAACUAUAUCUUUCUUGAAAGAUAUUGGUGCUUGGCGAUUUGUUGAGCAGCAUCGACAUGCCUACUUUGAUAAGAUGCAGGUUUGGGAUUAUACUGGCCUAAGUUACGCAAAAUAUAAUGCCAGGGAUGCAGACAAAGAAGUACUCGGGUGCGUUGUGGAGAAUAAGGUGCUACUUAGUUCUCUUCUGUCACAUGUGCAGAAUACGGAUUUGCUAAAGAAAAUAUACCCAUCAAGAUUGACUUCAAUGUCUAUACUACCAAAUUCUUCAUCCUUGGAAGUGAACAGCACAUUAUCGAUGACAGAAUUGUUCACCCAUGGGCGUUUAGCAAAGUUAGAACUAGAGGAUGGCAAUAGCCUAUAUGCAAAGUUGGUGGUAGGAGCAGAUGGGGGCAAAUCCCGAGUGAGAGAGUUAGCAGGAAUAAGAACUACCGGAUGGAAUUACUCACAGAAUGCCAUCAUAUGUACAGUCGAACAUGGUGUAGAAAACCAUUGUGCAUGGCAGAGGUUUCUACCUUCUGGUCCGCUUGCACUUUUGCCAAUAGGUGAUAAGUUUAGCAAUAUAGUUUGGACUAUGACCCCGAAAGAGUCAUCCGACUUCAAAUCAAUGACCGAAGAUGACUUUCUGAAAGCUGUAAAUCAUGCUCUGGAUUAUGGUUAUGGUCCUCAUCCUACAUCAAGUAUAUUAGGUAGUUCAGACUUAUUUUCUUGGCUCAAGGGAGGUCUCUCCAGCUCAGCUCACAAUUGCUUCGAAGUUCCGCCAAAAGUAGUCAAGUUGGCCUCUGAAAGAAUGGUUUUCCCAUUAUCCUUGAGGCACGCUAAUGACUAUGUAUCAAAGCGUGUUGCUCUAAUUGGCGAUGCAGCUCACACUGUACAUCCUUUGGCUGGCCAAGGAGUUAAUUUGGGUUUUGGAGAUGCAUCUAGUCUUUCAAGUGUCAUUUCUGAGGGCAUUGCUGUAGGCACAGACGUCGGGGAGGUAUCGCUACUAAAGAAAUACGAAGCAGACCGAAAACCAGCAAACGUUAUGAUGAUGGCAGUCCUGGAUGGUAUUCAAAAGGCAUACUCUGUCGAUUUCGGUCCUCUGAACAUUUUACGAGCUGCUGCGUUUCACGGGGCUCACCAUAUUUCACCACUUAAAAAGAGCAUCAUCUCGUAUGCAUUGGGGGAGCUGAGGUUGCCACUAUUUGCCUGAAGACGAACCUUGAUCGGAGAAUCAUGUUAAAUUAGGUUUAGAGUUUUCUGCACCAUCCGAUUGUAAAGUGAGUAAAUUGUUUUCAGCAAAGGAUGAAUAAAUUGUAAAACUUUCAACUUUCAUAUGAAUCGAAUCACAGGUCGAUCCAGGGUGUAAGCGAGACUAA